CGUCACUCCAGUAACAGGCUGGGGACCGGGAGCACUUACUCCACUCCAUAGUCAGGUAUGAAACACAUUACCGGCCGGUGACAGCGUGACAGGCACAGCACACCUCUAGUCUGCGGGAGCUGCACCAGCAUCUGGGAACCUGUGGUCACCAAUCGUUCCAGAAGAAAGCUCCGAUCCAGUAAGCCAGAUAAAAUCCUUUGCCUGCCUUUUCUGGGAUUCCGGAGUUGAUGUAACAUGUCAUAUCCUCAGUUUGGAUAUCCAUACUCCUCCACACCUCAGUUCUUGAUGACCACCAAUUCAUUGUCAACCUGCUGCGAAUCAAGUGGAAGGACCUUGUCAGAUCCAGCUGCUGCAGCCUCUGCUCAGACCCCGGUCUAUUGUCCUGUGUAUGAGAGCAGGCUGCUGGCCACUGCCAGGCAUGAACUCAACUCUGCAGCUGCUUUAGGAGUUUAUGGGAGCCCCUAUACAAGCUCCCAGGGCUAUGGCAACUAUGUCACAUAUGGCACUGAUGCUUCUGCCUUCUAUUCUCUGAACACCUUUGAUUCAAAGGAUGGCACCGGAUCUACGCAUGCCGGUAUUGCCCAGACUGCCGCUUAUUAUCCUUAUGAUCACACCCUGAGCCAGUACCAGUAUGACAGGUAUGGAACCAUGGAUGGAGGUACUCGCAGGAAGAAUGCUACUCGUGAAACCACCAGCACCUUAAAAGCCUGGCUGCAGGAGCACCGAAAAAACCCUUAUCCCACUAAGGGUGAGAAGAUCAUGCUGGCCAUCAUUACCAAAAUGACCCUCACUCAGGUGUCCACAUGGUUUGCCAAUGCCAGGAGGAGGCUUAAGAAAGAGAACAAGAUGACCUGGCCACCAAGAAACAAAUGUUCUGAUGAGAAAAGACCUUAUGAUGAAGAUGAGGAAGAUGAGGAAGACCAGUCAACAAAAGACAUUAAGAACGAGAAGAAGAUAGAAGUGGAAGCAACCGAAAGAGAAGACAAAGACCUAGACCUCAGUGACCUUGACGACUUUGAUACACUAGAGUCUGAAAGCUCUGAAUGUGAGUUGAAACAACCAUUUCAUCAUCAGUCACAACAAGAAGGACAACAAUUGCGGAUCAGAGAUUGUGCCAGUGACCAUUGCAAAGAUGUCAUUCUGAAGAUGCCACUAGCAGUUUCUUCAGCAGAUGAAGGAAUUGACAGGGAUAAGAAUUGUCUAAAAAGUGUUGAUGAAUGUGACCAGGACUUAAUGAGAGUUAGACAAAGAGGUUGUGAAUCCAAACUUUGCUUUCAGCAGCAAAGUCAACAACUACUGGAUUCCAAACCAAGAAUAUGGUCUCUGGCUCACACAGCCACAUCUCUAAGUCAGAGUGAAUAUCCAUCCUGCAUGUUGAAACACCAAGGUGUGCCCUCUCCUUCUUCAUCCUCCUCCUCCUCUUCUUCUUCUGCUGUGUCCACUCCAGUGUGCGUUAUUGACAGGCGGCAGGAUUCUCCUGUAACGAGUCUUAGAAAUUGGGUUGAUGGCGUUUUUCAUGACCCUUUGUUCAGACACAGUACUUUGAACCAGGCAUUCACCAACACCACCGUUUCUUGGGCCACCACCAAAGGAACCAUUCUUGAAGCUGGUUCUUUAGGACGCUCUCUUGGGAACCCUACUAAUAUUGCUAAGGUUCAGGACAGUAAUAAGGAAUUUAUUACAUUUCCUAAGUCUGGGAGCAAAAUGUUCUGCUCAUAACAUAUCAUAAAAUAGUUUAUGAAUAUAUGACACUUUCUAGCAGAGGAUAUAACAAUACACUGGCUGUCCCGGACUGACAUUUCAGAUUAUGGUCAAUCAUGUAUCUUUGUUUAAAUGAUCUUUUCUUAAGAAGUCUUGGUGUUGUGACUGUUCUUUUUAUCGAUGUCUAAGCACGAACUAUGCUAUGUGUUGGAGUAAUUGCUGUUUACAAACCUGAAGUUUACAAGGACAACCAAAAGUUCUAGUUCAAGGUUCUCUCAUUUGAACAGCAUGCUAGAUUAGUAAUGAGCCAUCCAGAAGAUAUCUCUGUUAGUGAUUC